UUAAAAUAACGUCAUUUCAUAGCAACCGCACCAUAGAGCAAAGCUAGAAAGACGCAUUCUUUUAUUAAGAAGACAUUUUUACAUUUACCACGAACACAACAAGAAAAAAAUGAGUAGUAUCAGCUUGGCAAAUGAAAACAAACAUCAGACAAAUAGUUCAACAGAUAAAACUUUGAACUACGCAGAGAUUUUGAAACCAAUACCUGUGGAAUUAGAAACCUCACCUCUUGGUUCCCUGUCUUCAUCAAGUUUAGGGACACAGCACGAAUCACGUGAUAUACUUGACAUACAGAAGCUUGCAGACGACAUCGCCGAUGCUAGAAGAGACAGAAUUUCGAGAUAUAUUGAUGAAGCUGAGAUGAGACAGUAUAUUCCACUUGUGGAAGCUGACUUUGAGGCCAUCAGAGAGACAGAUAGACUUCUUGAACAAGCCUACAACUUGUAUUUUACACGUGGCUUGAGCAAAGACCGCAGAUUAAAAAAGAAGACUAAGGCCAUGAUUGCCCGCCUAGAGAGCAAGCCACAUUUUUACUGCCCAUACGAACGUGAAGAAUCAACCGAAAUCCAUGUCACUCGUUGGUUAAAUGCUUACACUGCAAACCCAGAAGAAGAGUUAUUUGGCUUCACCUCUAGAGAUCCAUAUGAGCCGAAAAGAGUUGUUCCCGAGGUUGCACCAAGAGCCGUUAUCAGUGAUACUAACGUGGUCCUUGGAAAACGCAAGAGAGCAAGAGAUGAUGAGCAAGAUUUAGUCGGCGUGAGCAUGAGCAGUUCUGACUCCAGGUUGUUUUGUGAGCAUGGAAAUAGGCCAAAGAAAGUCAGAAAAUCUCUAUAAAUGUUUUUUUUUAUUCCGCAUUAUUUUUUUUCCAUUUAUCGAUAAUCAUGUUUAAAACGAAAUCAUUUUUAAAUAUCUCAAUAAAAUGAGAUUUAACUUCAAAAAUGAGUUGUUAUCAAUGCUAUCAGUAGAUAUACAUGUAGUGU